AUGGCACCAACCGGAUCUGACUAUCAAGUCGACUGGCUCUGGAUCAGCAAAGCUGACGCUCACGUUGCCAACCACCGCGACUGGUUCACCACUUUCAAACCCAUCAAAUCAUACAUAGGAGACACUUACCGUGGCGAGAACGAAGUCCUUGGUAUCGGCGAUGUCGAAUUGAGCGUCAAAGUCCGCGAGAACCGCACUGGACCAAAGUCCAAGCGCACCCUUGUGCUGAAGGACGUCUUGUACGUGCCAAAGAUGAUCUGCAACAUUAUUGGGCGCCCCAUCCUGGACGAGUACGAUGUCAAUACGGAUUCCGACAAGAAGCGUGGCGAGCUUCGCCACAAGGCUACUGGAGCGGCAGCAGGUAUAUUCGACUGUCCUGGCCUCAGCAUGGACCUCCAGCGCUUGCGUCUCGUCGGACUGAGUGCGACACAGACGAGCUUGGAUCCGAAUCCGUACACGCUCUACUUGAUCAGUGUAGACUGGAACGAUGAGAAGCGAGCCAAGUGGAUGCCGCAGACGAAUUCAGAAGGAUCGAAGAGAUCGGAGGAACCAGAGAAGCCUCGAUCGGGUGUGACUGAAGAACUCAAGGCGUGGUUCGAGGUGUGGUACGGCAAUACAUUCAACAUAUCGUGGGGCUUCAAGUUGGAGAAUGACGAGCAACGUGCUGAGGAACGCGAGACAUCGAAGGCAGAUAGGGAAAUGGAGGAAGAAGAAAAGGACAGUGGCGAGGAGGAGAACCAAACUGGCGAAGAGGAAAACGACUUCUUGGCUGAUCCUGAGGCUGGAUCAGCUUCCCAUGGUGCUCCCUACCAGUUCACCAAGGCGCAACUCGACUGGCUCAAUGAGAACUACGCCAACACUCGCAAUUCCAUGUAG